CAACGGAUUUACAAUAUCAUACCACGUAAUUUUAAAAACAAUGGAUACAAACAUGAUUUCUAGAAAACCACACGUUAAUGAACCACAUAAACAACCAUCCAAACAGGGGUUCACUGACAUGUCAAUUGUUGAAUGUUUCAAUAAAAAAGUAGAAACAGUUAAACAAAUAAUAAAAAAAAAGCCUUGCAAAAUGAAAAAUAAAGAUAAAAAAUGAAAGAAAACACCCCGCACGCCCAAUCUACAUCCGUAAAGGUCCCAACAUUUUCGGGGGAACUGAGGGGAAGAGCCUCCAAAAAAACGCGUUAUUUUAAAUAACUUUUUGAAAGUUUCUACUCCCAUCCUUUUCAAUGCUUUUAAUUUUUCCACUUGACUUCAUAAACAGAGUCAAUCUUCCAACACUUCAAAAACUGAAUAAAUGGAUUUAAUCUUCCUAAAAAAAAGAGCACAGCCAUUCUAUUUAUGCUGUCUCUGUGUGGAUUGGGCAGACAGCUAUGGGUUUCAUGAAAUGGCUGAUCAUUCUAAUAAUCCAAUUUUACUACCUUUUCUACCUCAACAUAGCAGACCCUGAUUUCACUUUUCAAACGGAUUGUAAAGGUAAUAAGACCGAGUUCUCCCCAAAUGGUGCUUACGACACUAACCUCAACACACUCCUCUCCUCUGUUUCGCGUAACAUAGACAGUGAUGGGUUCUAUAAUACUACCAUAGGCCAAGACCCUGACAAGAUUAGUCUCAUCGCGCAAUGCAGAGGAGACGUCGACUUACAAACAUGCCGUGACUGUAUAAAUAAUGCUACUCGCUUGAUUUUAGAGGUAUGUCCUUACAGGAAAUCGGCCUUUGGUAUUUAUGAUAGGUGUCUGCUAAGAUAUUCAAAUGAGUCCAUCGGCACCAUGUCAACUGACCCACGAAAGUAUAAUUAUGUCACACGUAAUUUCUCGGAUCCCAAUUUGUUUUUUAACCAAUAUCUGACACCCUUGUUGGAAAGUUUACGAAGUCGAGCUUCAAUGGGUGGGAAGCGCAAGGUUGCUGCUAAUGUUACUAGUGCCCUUGAUUUUCAGACAGUACAUGCACUUGUACAGUGCACAGCCGAUUUAUCAGCUCAAGGUUGCUUUGAUUGUUUGAGUACUAUCUAUAGAAGUUUGCCUGACUGUGAAUGUUAUGCAAAAUGGGGCAACCACAUUUUGAUGCCCAGCUGCAUUCUCCGGUAUGAACUCUACUCUUUCUUCAAUGAGUCGGCAUUGGCUGAAGCCCCGCCGCCCUUAUGGCCAUCGCCACCACCAGCCUCAUUGCCAUCGCCGCCACCAGCCUCAUUGCCAUCGGUGCCGCCACCAGGAAAGCAUGACAAAACCACACGAACCGUCAUCAUUAUUGUUGUACCCACUGUCACAGUUGCUAUUUUUAUUGUUUGUAUUCUUGUCAUCUUGAUGAAGAGGCGAAAGAGGAAGCAGCUGGUGAGCAAAAGAGAGGGUAUAUCGGUGGAUGAUACUAGUUUUGCAGAAUCUUUGCACUAUGAGUUUUCAGCAAUUAGUGCAGCAACAGAUAACUUCUCAAAUGCUAAUAAGUUGGGACAAGGUGGAUUUGGUCCUGUGUACAAGGGUAAGCUUCCAAAUGGACAAGAAGUAGCAGUGAAAAGAUUGUCAGCAGAUUCAGGCCAAGGUGAUCUAGAAUUCAAAAACGAGGUCUUGUUGGUUGCCAGGCUUCAACACAGGAAUUUGGUUAGAUUGCGGGGAUUUUGCCUAGAUGGAACAGAGAGACUUCUUGUCUAUGAAUUUGUUCCCAAUGCAAGCCUUGACCACUUUUUAUUUAGUACGGUUAAACGUAGGCAAUUGGAUUGGAAAAGGAGAUCCAAUAUCAUAGGAGGCGUUGCUAGGGGAAUUCUUUAUCUUCAUGAGGAUUCUAGGCUUCGGAUCAUUCAUCGUGAUCUCAAAGCUAGUAAUGUUCUACUUGAUGCAGAAAUGAACUCUAAAAUUGCAGACUUUGGCAUGGCAAGGCUAUUUACAAUGGAUGAAACUCAAGGCAACACAAGCAGAAUUGUUGGGACCUAUGGAUAUAUGGCACCAGAGUAUGCAAUGCACGGGCAAUUCUCAAUCAAAUCAGAUGUUUUUAGCUUUGGAGUACUAGUGCUUGAAAUUUUAAGUGGUGAAAAAAAUACUUGUUUCAGAAAUGGAGAAUCUAUGGAAGACCUUCUGAGCUAUGCUUGGACAAACUGGCGCGGAGGAACAGCUAUAAAUUUGAUCGACCCCAUAUUGAGGGGAAGCACAGGACUAGUUCGUGACAUAAUGAGAUGCAUCCACAUUGCUUUAUUGUGUGUUCAAGAAAAUGUGGCUAAUAGACCAACCAUGGCAGCAGUUGUUCUCAUGCUCAGUAGCCUCUCUCUGAGUCUUCCAGUGCCUUCAGGGCCUGCAUACUAUAUGCACAGCAGUAGCGCACAGAUGCCGCUUAUGCAAGAAUACAACACAAAAAUGUCAGAAUCUAGCGAAUUUGCCAAAAGCAAAUCUAUUGGUUCAUCACGAAAUGAGGCGUCGAUAUCUGAGUUAUAUCCUAGAUAAUAGCUUUAUAUACAAUUGCCUUUCUUAAUGAUGAGAUGGAUGAGAUGCGGAGGCAUGUGUCAGUGAUGAAUAAGAAACUUAGAAGCCCAGAGAUCAAAUCAACAUGCUUUGGUUAUUUGCUCCCUUCCUCCCUCCGAGUCUAGUGUUAGUGCCUCCAAUGAAAAUGAGAAAUAACUUGUUUAUUUGAACUUAGUAUCCUCAUGUCCUUAGUAAACAUUUUACUGUUAGUGUUGUUUGAUUUAAUUGGUUAUAGUUGAGAAGAGGCCUUCUGGACUCAUUUAAUUGCAAGAAAACAUAGACAUAAAUGUUCCUCAAGACCCAGACGAAUAUGUUUACUCUGAUCAGUCAUAGCUGAGUGCUUAAAUUAUGUUUAGCUCCUGUUUGAAUAUUUGAUGUUGCUUGUAUAUAGUGAGUCCAGCGCCAAAAUGGCUUCUUUUUUAAGCUAAUAGACAAAAAUAGCAUCUCUUUUUUUUUUAUACCAAAAUGGGUAUUUCGUGGGUUAUCCAAUGAAAUACCCAAAAAAUUACUGUUCCAGUCUGGAAAAAAAAAUUAACUGAUCGUUGCAUUUCGCUAUAAUUGUGGCGAAAUUUAACAUUUUUUUUUUGUAUUUCGUUCAUAUUCCAACGAAAUGGGACAAAAUUUAUUGAAGUAGCGAAAAAGGCCUUAUUUUUUUUAAUUUUUUUUUUACCGUUUUUCUGAACCUGUCAACUUUUACCCUAAA